GAGUUGGCCAUGCCGUCCUUCAUGAAGCAGAGUCUGGAGGAGCUUCGUGUGGGCACCUACUCCAACAUCGCCUUCAUCCACCCGGACACGCCGCUCUACACCGCCCUGUCCCUCUUCACCCACCGCAGGGUCUCCGCCCUCCCCGUCGUGGACUACAGCGGUAAAGUGGUGGACAUCUACUCCAAAUUUGACGUCAUUAACCUGGCGGCGGAGAAGACCUACAACAACCUGGACAUCACGGUGACGCAGGCACUGAAGCACCGCUCCCAGUACUUCGAAGGAGUCCUCAAGUGUCACCGGCUCGAGACUCUGGAGGUCAUCGUGGACCGCAUCGUCAAGGCAGAGGUUCACAGGUUGGUCGUCGUCGAUGAAGAAUCCAAAAUCGUGGGAAUCGUUUCUCUGUCAGACAUUCUUCAGGCUCUGGUCCUCACCCCAGCAGGUUUGGGGAGGAAGGAAAGUCUUUCAUCUCAGGCUCCAAAUCUGGACUCAGGUCUUCAGCGAGGAGACGAGGAAACCAAACAAGGAACUAACCAAGGAGAUGAGGAGACGAGGCAAGGAAGCAACGAAGGAGACGAGGAGACCAAACAAGGAACUAAUGAAGGAGACGAGGAGACCAAACAAGGAACUACCGAAGGAGAGGAGGACGUGAAUGAAGGGAGCAAGGAGGCAGAGGAGAGCGGAACAGAAGAGCAAGGAGACAAGGACGGAAAUGAGGAAGGAAAUGAGGAAGGACAUGAGGAGACGAAUGAGGAGACGAGGGAGGAGGCACCUGGAGUGGAAGAGACUGAGGAGGAAGGAAAUGAGGAGGCACAGGAGGAAACACAAGAGGAGGUGAACAAGGAAACGAACGAGGAGACAGUGGAGGAGGCGCAAGGAGGGAAUGAGGACCAAGGGACUGAGGAGGAAGGAAACAAGGACACACAGGAGGAAACAAGUAAGGAAGCUACUGAGGAAGCAACUGAGGAAGAGCAAGGAGGCAACUGAGGAAACGAGAGAGGAGGACCAAGGGACUGAGGAGGUAGGAAACGAGGAGACAGAGGAGGAAACGAACAAGGAGGCACGUGAGGAGACGAGCGAGGAGGCAGAGGAAGGAACUGUCAAUCAAACAGACGAACAGGAAGAGGCGGAGUCGUGACAUGUGACAUUUUAUCCAUAUUUGGGCAGACCCCGCCCCCACCGUUCCAUAUAUUUAAAUAUCGUCACUUUAUCGUGUUUAUUUAGAAUCUCAGCACCGAUACGAGCCGAUAUUUAGGUUUAAAACACCUGCGGAGAAUCGAAAAACAGAACAAACACAAAACUUUUACACAUCGUCUGAAGUGUCGAUGGAGGUUUGAAGAACUGCAGGGUCAUGGUUUUGUGUGUAAGUGUGUGUGGGUGUGUGUGUGUAAGUGUGUGUGUAAGUGUGUGUGUAAGUGUGUG